AUGUUCAAACGAGUGGCAAAAGCCACUAGCAAGAAAGUCGACGUUGACGGCUUGAAGGAGGUGACAGGCGAUGACACGGCUAUCGGGAUCGACAAGCUAGUCGACGAGUCGUCCAGCUCCGAAGGCGAAGAUUUCGACGAUGAGGAUAAUGACAGCGACAGCGACAGCGAUGAUGAAGAGGAAAGCAAAGUCAAGGGAGAUGAUCAAGCCCAGGACAAGACAUCUUCAAAGGCAGGCUCCAAACGCAAGCGCUCUCAAGACCAAGACGAGGAAGAGCAGAACGAAGCGGCAGCCCAAGUGUCAAUAGAAGAGGCCAUCCAAGAUCCCAUCUACGUUCCCACCGAAGGCGAGAAGAAGCAUGGCGUCUUUGCAUCCCGCUGUAUCGUCUGCGAAGCCGCUGUGCUCAAGACUUCCCACCUCGUCACUGCCCAUCUCGAGGCUAAAGCUCACAAACGCCGCAUGGAGCGCUUCCAGAAGUACGUUGAGAAGCAGCUCACAGAGACGCAGCGAAAAGCGCUUGAUGCGAGGGACGCCGUCGAACAGAUGGAUGUUUGGAAGGCUGAACAGGUCGAGCUCGAGCAAAAGAGGCUUGCCGAAGCCCCGCCCAGCAAGAAGGCGUUGGAAAGGAAGCAAAAGGCGACCGAGUUUCGCAAGAAAAAGAAAGAGCAAGCUAUGAAGAGGAAGGCGCAAAAAGCGGCAAAGGGAGACAAGGAUGCCGCAAAACCGGACAUUAUAGACCCUAAGGAUAACAAGACGGCCAAGGUCGACAAUGGAACAGCGGAAAAGGUUCAGGCAGAUUCACAGACAGUCAUAGCCAAGAAGCCAGCCAAGAAAGUCAAAAAGCAAGCCUGA